UGUCCUUUAGGCUCAGCCUCUGAUCCUACCUAACUAACCACAUAUGCCCCAUCCCAGGCCCUGCUCUGCAUCUCUGCCCCAUUAUAGUGAUCUCUUCCCUUUGCUCUUCUCUCCUCUUCUCAUUUCCUUUUCAAUUUCCAUUUUUUGUGACAACUUGAUUUUCUUGAAAACUUAAUUUUCAGUUUUCUUGGGACAAGUUCUCACAUAUCUCAGCUUGGCUUUGAACUUACUGUGUAACCAAGCAUAAUCUUGAAUUUAUGAUCUCUCUAUUUUUGUACUCAUAGUACUGUUGACCUGGAGAAUGACAUCAUCCAUAUGCUGACAGAUAUAGAACACAGGGCACUGUGUAUAUUAGGUGUAUUAGGCAAGAACUUGACCAGCUAAGAUUCAACCGAAUACCUUCUGCUUUAGUGUGUGACCCUCAGUCUCUCCUGACCAUAUUGCAGCCUCCCUUCUGAUUGGUGAUUAUAUUGCCUAAGGGAUGGAGUUCACAGGAACUGACAGGGGCUUUCUGUUUAUGAAGAGCCUUUCUGUGGUCCUGGUUCAUGAAAAAUAAUACAAACAUGUUUUGUGAUCCCUAUAGAUUAGCAAUAGAUGAGUUUCCUCUUCAUCUUUCUUCUCUCUGAUCAGACUCUGAACUGUAGGCUUAUUUUUAAUCAUGUUUUAAAUAACAGGGUUGUCCUGGCUAGUUUUGUGACAACUUGACAGAAGCAGAAUAAUUAGAGAGGAAGGAACCUCAGUUGAGGAAAUGCCUCCAUGAGAUCCAGCUGUAAUGCUUUUUCUCAAGUUGUGAUCAACAGGGGAGGGCCAACCCAUGGUGGGUGGUGCCAUGACUGGGCUGGUGGUGAAAAGUUCUAUAAGAAAACAAGCCAAGCAAGCCAGGGGAAGCAAAUCAGUCAGCAGCACCUGUCCAUGGCUUCUACAUCAGCUCCUGCCUCUAGCAUCCUGCCCUGCAUUUACAAUGAGAAGCCAUUCCUUACUGCUGAUUCAGGACCUCAGGGAAUCUCAGAAAGAAAUGCGACUCUCCUCUGUCACACGCAUCCUUCCUUUGACAUCUUUAUCCUCUGCAGAGGUGGAAAUGCCUCCUUUCCCCAGAACUGCUCACGUCAGGACCACAGCACAUUCCUCAUCUCCCCUGUGAGCCCAGGGCACAGAAGGACCUACAGAUGCUUUGGCUCUUACAAACACAGUUCCUACUUGUGGUCACUGCCUAGUGAUCUGCUUGAGUUUUCAGUCUCACAGUCUUCUACAUCAAAUUACAGAUUAGAGAAUCACAUCCGGCUCAUCCUGGCUAUCGUCAUCCUGUUAGGUCUUGGGGCUCUAUUGCUGGAUGCUUGGAGCAGCAGAGAGAGCCCAUGAGGUCUUCAGAGAGUCCUAACCUGAAUGCCUAGCUACCCCUUCCUAUACCUCACCAAAAUGCUGGCAAUAAAGAGUCUAAAAG